CUCGGGCAGCACCCCUCGGGAGGUGGCGUGAACGCCGGGCGACUGCACCCACAGGCGCUGGCCCCCGAGGGGAGGGUGCGGAGGCUGCCCCGGGCCGCGCUCUGGAAGGCAGCGGCGGCUAGGCUGAGCCGGGUCCUCCUCCUUGCCCGGGCAUGGCGGUGGAUAUUGAGUAUAGAUACGACUGCAUGGCUCCCCCUUUGCGCCGGGACAGGUUUGCCUGCAAACUCCUGCCCAAGGCCAGCCAGCCCCUGCGGCCUUGCAUCAGCUGAAGCAGCCGGAGCGAGGCGGACAGCCUCGCGACCCCCCUCGCACAGAACAAGAAGGCCAAAAAGCGCGUGUCCUUUGCCGAUACCCGCGGGCUGGCCUUGACAAUGGUCAAGGUGUACUCGGAGUUCGAUGACCCCUUGGACAUCCCGUUCGACAUCAGCGAGCUUCUGGAGAACAUUGCGAGCCUGACCACAGCCGAGUGCGAGAGCUUCGUGCUGGACUUUGAGCAGCCGUCCACCGACUACUUGCGCUUCCAGCGGCUGCAGGCCGACCACGUCUGCCUGGAGAACUGCGUGCUGAAGGACAAGGCCCUCUCGGGAACGGUGAAAGUGCAAAACCUGGCCUUCGAGAAGUCCGUGAAGAUCCGCAUGACCUUCGACACCUGGAAGAGCUUCACGGACUUUGAGUGCCAGUACGUGAAGGACACGUACGCAGGCGCGGACAGGGACACCUUCUCCUUCUCCAUCAGCCUUCAGAAGAUCCAGUCUUACGAGAGGAUGGAGUUUGCUGUGUGCUACGAAUGUAACGGGCAGACAUUCUGGGACAGCAACCAGGGCAGGAACUAUCGGAUCAUCCAGGCAGAACUGCGGGGCAUGCAGGGCGGGGGCCCGCCCCAGAACGGCUCCGACUUGGGGAUCUCCUUCGAUCACUUUGGGAGUCCUCGGUGCUCCUACGGCCUGUACCCAGAAUGGCCGAGUUACCUGGGCUAUGAGAAGCUGGGCCCUUACUAUUAGCUGCCUUGAGUGGGAUGGACACUUGGUGAGAUUAUAGGCGGGCCUGGCCAGGGGUCCUUGUGCUUGAUGCCAAAGGCUUCUGGGCUCUUACCCCACCAGGGAGAGAAACAGGAAAAGUCAGACUGCCGUGGGGCCCGGCUUUUGUCUUUAAGGGAUGCUGUUCGCUUCGAUUCCAGCCAAUCCAAUCAAGGUGAUAUUCCCCAAGCACAGGCAUUCACUCAAGGCACACCUUGCUACCCCUGGUGGCGUGCUAAGAGAUGGCCAUGGCAGCAAGAGUGCGCAUGUCAGGCGGGGGUCUGGGUUGGAGUCAGGGGCCUUCCAGGUACCUCCCAAGGCAGUCAAUCACCAAACCAGGUUACGCUGACAAAGUGCUUUCUUCACACAAACCCUCUGCAGGAGGGUGUGGGGGAGCUUGUAGCCCCAUUUCCAGUGGGGGAAACUGAGACCCUAAGAGGGACAGCCUGUGGAAGUCAGGCCUCUUGACUCUCUAUCUAGCCUUGUCUGCUACAUUCGGCUGCAGCUAGCAGCAGGUCUCAGGGGGCAUCGGGGCCUUGCAUCUCUUAAAGCACUAGGAAAUAUUGCUUCCAGAUGGGGGUAGGUGAUCAUCCCCACCCUCCUUUGCAGGGGCCUUCUUCAGCUCCUGCUGCCCACUCUUGGUUCUCUCCUGAUCAAUGCUGCUAUUCCUCGCCAGACACAGACACUGAACACUCACUUUUGUUAUGUGGUGGUGUUGUUGUUGUUGUUGUUGGUAUUGCACACUAAUGGGGGCCCAAGGUAGUUUAUUUCCCAACUGAGUUCUUCUCCUCAGGAAAGAACAGACAAAGUAGCUAAGUUUGAGACUGGCUGUUCCGCCCCUCUCUCCCCUCUUCCUGGCCCAGCGUGGGCUGAGCAGCAGGGAGGCACCAGUUCCAAAGCCAGUGUCCCGUUGUUUCCUGGCUGUUAGCUAGCCUGUUUGCACAGAGGAGCGUCUUAUCCCAAAGCUGUCUACUGUGGCCUUCUGUGGGUCUGUUUUGCCUUGUGGGCUACCGGGACAGAGCGUUUGUCCCUGCGAUUGGGACUAUGACCUGGUGCUCCCUGUUCCUAUCUUAGCCUCUGGUCCCCGAGGUCAGUGAUCUCUGAGGAGUGCCCAGCAGAAGAAUGAAUGGAGCAGUUGUAUCUUAAUGUCCUGCUGAAAAUGCCAUGGAGGGUAGGGGUGAGGUUAGUGAGUAACUUCCAAAAUCAGCCUCAGUGUUGUAAGUGGUUUUGCCCAGGUCAUUUUUAACUUAACCCUUCAGAAGGUGGAGGGACUGUGCAGGCCGAGCUGGGGACCUGGGUUCCAGUCCUCCCUGGGCCACUUGUAUGGCCUUGCACGAAUCCAUCCACAGGACGUAGAGCCUGGAAGGACCUUAGAGAUGCUUGUCUCAGGAAACUGAGGCCCAAUUUGUAGUCUGCCCCGGUGGUCAUGUCGCUAGUGAGAGGCCAAGUUGGAAUUCAAGUCCAGGGUUCGUCCAGGUCUCUGGGCCUCAGUUUCCUAUCUGUUAUAUGACCGGGGCUGCUUGUUUAUAAGUCUUCCGGGUUCCUUGCAGGUUGAACCUGCUCUUUGCCUUUGAGGGGUGUGUCCGGCCUGGACCAGAGCUAGAAUGGGGAGGUGUGACUCGUACUUGGCUCCAGGGGAGGACACUGACUGACUAACAGACAGGAAAAAAAGUGAGCAGUGGCUCCUCUACCCUCUGCCUCUACUGGGGAUCAAGGACUAGACCCGUGCUAUGUAGCACAGUAGAGGGAACUCCCAGGGGAGGAAACUCCCUUCACCAAUGCACAUCAGCCCCCUCCCUGCAAUGGACAGUCUUGGAAGACAGUCGAGAGCACCCAAGAGGCAAAGUCACUGCCCGUGGUGGCCCAGCCUGCAUGUGUGAGAUCAGAGGAGACCCCCCGCUCUUCUUAGCUUUGCCCCCCCACCCCGUCACCAUCUAGUAGGGUAGGGUGGCCCCAAACUCCCCUAACCUAAGAGGUCGCCCCCGUGCUCUUCACAUCCCAUGACAGGGGAGCUCACUCCCACACAGUCAGCCCACUUCCCUGUCCAGUAUUUAGGAAACGAGGUCACUCACGCCCCUCAUCCCCUUCCUUGAAGGCCCUUUCCAGGGCACAGGUGCCAGACCAAGUGCAAUGCAUAGGCCUGCUGACUCCCUAGCUUUCGGGGCGCUCCUGGGGGAGAGGAAGCUUAACUUUUUUAGGGUGGAUUUGCAGUAGGUGGGCAGGUGGGUGGGUGGGGAAGGAGAGCGAGGCUCUCUCCUCUCCAGAAAUCAAACCGGUUCCCAAAGGAACACGGAAAGACUUUCUUGGGCACCCCAGAUUCAGGGUUGGAGUUGUCUCUGUGGGGGAGGGCUCUACACACUGGGACACCCCCGGGAGCCUGUCGAGGAGCCCCAGGCCCGGACCCUUCCUGCGCAGGAGCUGCCCCCCUGUGGGUGGCGUGUUGUGGGACGGGUGCCGUGAGCUCCCAGACACCCGCUGCUUAUUGUGCCAGGGCCCUUUUUAGCCCUUCUGAAUGUACAGCCUAGGAAUUCUGGUCUGCAGUGUGCCCGACAGUGCCUUGUAGAGCUGCUGCUGCGUGCCUUUCAGAUACAAAUAUUUUGUAUACACACAGUCUGGGAAAUGCACUUUGCCAUCGGGGCGGGGGGGGGGGGGCACCGAGCUGUCCGUCAAAGAGACUGACUUUUGUUUUUAAUCUAAAAGGUGUAAAGGCAAUAAAGCUUUCCAACCACA